GCCGAGGGAACAUGGCGUGAGACGAGACGUGCGACGGCAACAAGCGCGAAACUGUUGGGAGUUACUCGUAGCGAGCGGCGGACUGCGCUGCCGCUGCCUGCUGGAAGUUUACUGUUGUUUCUCCGUCGGGGUGUCCCGACGGCGGCGGCGGUGGCGGCGGCGGCUCUCUCCCCGGAGCGGUGUCCCGGUCCGCCCAGCCCCAUGCAAAACGUAACGGCCCCUGGCGGCCCCGGCAACUCCAAUGUCACCUGCUCCUGCAACUGCACGGCGUCCCAUGCACAGGGAAUGGAGAUAUCUGAACUGGAGUUUGUUCAGAUUGUCAUUAUCAUCGUGGUGAUGACGGUGAUGGUGGUGGUGAUCAUCUGCCUGCUCAACCACUACAAACUCUCCACCUGGUCCUUCAUAACACGGCAGAGCCAGGCCCGCAGGCAUGACCACGCCCUGCAACAGGACGGGUGUCUGUGGCCUUCAGACAGUGGUUCUCGACAAGGUGCCUCGGAGGUAUUAUACGCCCCUCCAGCAAGGGAUCGCUUCACAGCUCCCUCCUUCAUGCAACGUGACCAUUUUAGCCGCUUCCAGCCCACCUACCCCUACAUGCAGCAUCAGAUCGACCUGCCGCCCACCAUAUCGUUGUCAGAUGGCGAGGAGCCCCCACCGUACCAGGGGCCCUGCACUCUGCAGCUCCGUGAUCCCGAGCAGCAGAUGGAGCUCAAUCGUGAGUCUGUGAGGGCGCCACCCAACCGGACCAUUUACGACAGUGACUUGAUUGACAUGGGAGGAGGUGGUGGCAUGGGAGGGGUGAAAGGAGGAGGGGUUGGCGUAGGGGGAGGAGGCCCAAGGCCACCGAGCAGCAACUCGGGCAUCAGCGCAGCCAACUCCAGCAGCCACGGGCGCAUGGAGGGCCCCCCGCCGGCGUACAGUGAGGUGAUGGGCCACUACCCCGGCUCGGCAUUCUUUCUACACCAGCACAGCAAUAACCAGAGAGUAGGGAGGCCGGGGGGGCCAGGCAGCAGGACGAUCCAGCAGCAGAGCCAAUCAGAAAGCACAAUAGUUCCUGCCAAGGACUGCAAACCCGAGGACCUGGUCUGAGUAGAGACUGGGGGGGGGGGACAAACAAGUCCACACAACCCAGACUGAGAACGUCUCCCUUGUUCACCCCGCUGGUCUCUGAAUCGCUCUGUUGCUCCUCGUCCCACACUCCCAUGCACAACGAUAUAUCAACAUGAGCUACAACUAAAUAAGGAAAGUGAAACCAAGAGUUGAUUUCAUGUUAAAAUUUUGGGAUGGGAUGAUUUUUAUUUCCCUUCAUUUUUGAAAAUGAAACUGCUAGCACAGAUUGAAAGUUCUUUAUUUUUGCCACCUUGGCACGACCUUUUUGUCCCUGAGAAC